AUGGCAUUUGGCGCGUUUCAGUACGCAGCUGGAGUAGGCUGGCUGACAGCGAUCUCCUGCAUCUUGUCACGCGCAUUCCCAGAGUCAUCAUACCUCUUCUCAUCUGCACAAAUGGGAUACACCAACGUUAGUCCCCUGGUUGGGAACAUCCUCGGUGUACUGUACAGCGGGUUCCUCGAUGAUCGGCCAAGUUUGUACUACGCAAAACAGAACCAGGGCUAUUACGAGCCUGAGAUGGGGUUGUACAUCUUACAUCUUCCGGCCGUUUUCAUGGCAGGUGGCAUUACUAUGUUCGGUGCAACGAUCUCUAGGGUGUCUUCUUCGGGUUUGGCCUCGGCAGUAUUAGUGAUAACUAGUCACCGGAGCGGUGACGUUUUCACUGUUGUGGCGUUCAUGCGCAACGCAAUUAGUAUCGCAAUUCCAUUCGCGACCACCCCAUGGAUCCAGCGCAAUGAUAUACAGAAUAUGUCCAUAUCAUGA